CGGAGCGAGGCGCGUUCCCAGCAGACCCCGUCCUUCUCCGUGGUGGUGGCCAUCGACUUCGGCACCACCUCCAGUGGUUACGCCUUCAGCUUCACCAGCGAUCCCGAGGCCAUCCACAUGAUGAGGAAAUGGGAAGGGGGGGACCCGGGCGUGGCCAACCAGAAGACCCCCACCAGCCUCCUGCUGACUCCGGAGGGGACAUUCCACAGCUUCGGCUACACCGCCCGCGAUUACUACCACGACCUGGACCCUGAGGAGGCCCGCGAGUGGUUCUACUUCGAGAAGUUUAAGAUGAAGAUCCACAGCACCAGCGAUCUGACCAUGAAAACUGAGCUGGAAGCUGUCAACGGGAAGAAGAUGCCGGCGCUGGAGGUGUUCGCCCACGCACUGCGCUUCUUCAAGCAGCACGCGGUGCAGGAGCUGAAGGACCAGUGCCCGUCCCUGCCCGAGAACGAUGCCAUCCGCUGGGUCCUCACCGUGCCGGCUAUCUGGAAGCAGCCGGCCAAGCAGUUCAUGCGGGAAGCGGCCUACAAGGUGGGGGGACUCUGGAGGGUGGUGACCCUCAAAGGAGUUGUGGUCUCUGGAGUAUCCCUUUCCUCCCUCCAACUGAAUUCCCACUGCCCGAGGAAAGGGUUAGGUGGGAUCUUGGGAAGGAAUUCCUG